AUGGCCCCCAUCGCAAUCAUCCUGGUCACGCACAGAGGCGAGUCGAAAGCGGCGCGCCUUCCAGGACGAGUGUCCGCGCCUUCAGCUCUGCCCAUACCUAGCACACCACCAUCUGGCCCAACAUCGCUCGCGUGGCGUCUGCCCGUCUCAACAUCCGUCGCGCUCCCCAGCACGCGUGAUGAGCUCCAGCCGACGGUCCCGUGGAGCGCCCGCGACUUGACCCCCAGGUCAGCCACGGCAUGCCGGCAGUGCGGCGAGGCCGUCGUUCCCGAAGACAGGCUCGAUGUGUGGAAAGACCUGCCGAGCGAGAACUGGGCUGAGAUGAUGGACUUUUGGCACUGCCACAAGCCUCACGACCACGACCAAGAGAAGAACGGCGACGACGGCGAUGACGAGCACCUCACGAAGCGAGGCUAUGGUGCCAACUCGUCCAUAGCGGCCCAGACGCGCGUCGGCUUUGUAGACCUGACCUCCUUUCUCCUCGCCGAGGAGGACUGCAUCAACCUGAGACCGUUCCCCAUCCCGGUCUCCCCAGGAGAGGGCUUGCCUGACGCGCCCAUGCGAACCCCCCUGUUCUUCUCUCUCGCAGCGAGGGCCACGGCGCGGUUCAUGUGGUCGUCAGGCAUGAAAAGGGCGCCCUCGCAAGGUCCCAUACGAGAGUUUCAUCAGAGGGGUGAUGUUUCUUCCGGACGGUAA